UGCAAAUGCUCUUGCAGCCCUAUAAAUCACAACACUCUCUUUCAGCUCAAUAGUAUUGUUGAGGUGUAUUGUACUACCAAAAAUUGUUUGUCAGACGCUCAAGACGUCAAUCACACCGCUUGACAACGAAUAUUCACUUGCUCAUUCUUGAUUUCUCUUUUAUAUUUUCUUCACUCGCUCUUUUCUUUCCGCUCCACAUUCUUGCUUUUGCUUGCUUCUUGCUAAAAGGUACAUACAUAUAUUCCAUCCACCUGUUAUCUUAUCUAUCCAUAAGCUAGAUCCAUAAGAUGGCCGAUCCCACGCAAACCCCAGAUUCAAUCAGCAACAGCACUAGCAAAACCCCUGGCAGCCAAGAAACGCCCCUCGUGGGUACUCCAGUGGUGGGGGAGGUCAACAAGCAGUCCAAGAAGGGCCCGAAGAAGACGAAGAAGCUUGAACCGGAAUCUAAGUACGAAGAUUCACCGUCGUCCUCCAGCGAAGACGAAUCCUCAGGGUCGUCCUCUAAUGAGAGCACCGAUGAGAGCACUUCUCCGCCAGAAACGGUUUCCUCGGGCACCGCUGAUUCAGGAUCAGAAAAGGAAACACAGCAGCGGACAAAAUCAAAGACAAAGAGGUCUAAACGCAGGAACCAGAAGAAGAUGAAGAAAGCCCGAGCGCAUCGGUCGACAGAUUCAACAACAGAGUCCUAUCGCAGUGACAAUGGAUCUGACUCUUCUAAUGACAACCCGCAACCGGUCCCGCAACCUGGAGUUCUGCUGGGAACUCAGGGCGCUGAGUCUACUGACAUUAUCCUUGCAUUGGCCAAGAGACUGACGGCAAUGGAAGCCGAGCUAAACGAGGCACGCCGCAAUGUUCGGUGCAACCAUACUAUCAACCAGAAAGAAGCCCCUGAGGAAGAGCCCAAGAAGAGCAAGAAGGGUAAGAUCAAGAUAGGGACCAAGGUGGAAUUCAAACGGGUUGAUCAAUUGUGGGACAAUACCAUCCAUGACUACAAACUCUCAGAAACAGUUGAAAAAGAAGACGCCGACGAAUGGGAUCAGUACAUCUUCACAGUCCGCCGAACCUUCGACGACGACAACAAACACGCUUCGACAACAGUGGAUAUCCGCAGCAAGCCUCUCCGAGAAUCACUCACCAAAGUGAUGGCGGGCGUCAAAGGCGUCAGCCUGGUCGAAGAAAAGCCAUCGGUGGACCCCAACAUGCUCUUCUUGUACCUCGAAGAAACUCGCCAGUACAUGAAGGCUCAAAAACAGCUUUCUAAAACCAAGAAGAAGAGCAAAAUGCGCAAGAGCGCUGCCACCAAAGCCGCUCAUCUCAAGGUUCUCGUCAAAUACCUCGAUACCGACUACGCAGAGACCAAGAAGGCCUUGAAUGCGAUGUUGAGCUCCAACACAAUCACCUUCGAUCUUAUGUGGGCCUUGUUCAAACCAAACACCAUUGCGUACGCAUCAACAUACGGCAACGAAGACGAGCCUCGCGCUUUCAAGGUAGAGUCAGUCACGAAAUACACCCAUUUCAUCGAUGGCGAGUCAUACAGAAUCAAGGGCCAUUAUCUAAGCUACGACGGCAAACGCUUCGGCAUGGUCAGCAUAGCAGAAGCCAUAAACGCUUUCAAGGGCUCUCGCAAAAUUACCAGCCUAGAGUGCUACCCGCUAUACCACCACCGCGAAGCGGACGACUUACGGACCAAACUAAUCGAACGCGGUAGAAAGUUCGCGUCGCUAAAGGGCCAGAAUUACAAGUUCCACCAGGGCAUGGCCUUCUGCAGGAAGGAGCAAGGCGUCGCCAAAAUUAACGUCAACGGCCGUGUCAUGGUCGACCCAACCACCCACACCCGCAUCAACCCUAACUACCCAGUCGACCGUAUCCGCCGGAACCAAGACGACGGCAACGCCGACGCAAACAUAGCCGACGCAGACGACGAAGACGAAGAUGCGCUGCCAAGCAACAUAACCGUCUACGAGCACCGAACCGUCCAAGACCCGAACGGCAAGCAACACAGCGUUCGCGUCAAAGUCGACAAAUACGGCAACGAGAUCCAAGACGAGACAAUGGACGGCAUCUCCGAGCGCGAAUUCACCAAUGAAGAACUCACCAUCGCCAGUCCAGUCGUGCGCGGCUUCGCCUUCAACGAGAAAAUGUGGCUCGAGUUCUCCGUCUCCGGAAUCCGUGAAAUAGACUGGAACCAGCACGCCUUUGACUCCCUCGUCCUGCCCGAUAACCAGAAAACCAUCGUAAAAGCCCUCGUCGAAUCUCACACCUACAAUGAAGCUCAGAACAUCGACGACGUCAUCCAGGGUAAAGGCCGCGGCCUCGUCGCCGUCCUCCACGGUCCCCCGGGAACAGGCAAAACCCUAACAGCAGAAGGCAUCGCGGAACUGCUCAAACGCCCCUUGUACACUGUUAGUAUGGGCGAACUCGGCAUGAACUCCCGCACCCUCGAAAAAGAACUAAACAACAUCCUCGACGUCGCACAUACAUGGGGCGCAGUCCUCCUCCUCGACGAAGCAGAUAUCUUUCUCGAAAAGCGCGGCCUGCACGAUAUCCACCGCAACGCGCUUGUUAGCGUCUUUCUGCGUCUGUUGGAAUAUUUCCAGGGCAUUUUGUUCCUCACGACGAACCGGGUGGAAACUUUCGACGAUGCGUUCCAGUCUCGUAUCCACAUUGCGUUGCGGUAUGGCGAUCUCACAUCCAAGGCUAAGCGUAGUGUGUGGAAGUUGUUCCUAGGUAAGGUGCAGGCUGUGGAGGGUGUGCAGACGGCCGACUUCACGGAUAAGGAUCUCGAUGCGCUUGCGCGUCAUAACAUGAAUGGUCGACAGAUCAAAAACUCCGUCCGCACUGCGCAGGCCCUAGCCGUUAACGAGAAAUCGCCGCUAUCCAUGGACCAUAUCAAGCGUGUUCUUGAAGUUGCCGAGACGUUUGAUCGGGAUCUUCGUGGUGGACCGGGAUAUUUAGAUGCUAUGAGGAGUUAUACUUAA